AUGGGUCCAGCUCAGCGGAAGAAACAACCUUUAUGUGUGAUAGAAUCGCUUGAUCAGUUUCACUGCUGUGGCCUACAUAACUACAGCGACUACACCUCUACGAAUUUGCCUUUGCCGGCUAGUUGCUUUUAUACGGAAAACGAUGCCUGGAUUUAUUAUACUGAUGGCUGUUUGGAGAAAGUAAAAUUUGCUGCUGGUAGAGCAAGUGAUGCAUUGUCCAUUGCUGGCUUUCUGCUUACUGCGACACAGGUGAUGGCCUUAAUAUUUUCAUCCGCUCUCACUUUAGCGUAUUAUCGAACUGGAGAGUACGAAGAGUUGUAGUAAAAAGCGAAAUUUUAGGUAGACAUAGAAUAUUGUCUUUACAUCACCUAAAAACUUGCAGAUUAAGCACUUCUAAAUCUUGAUAUUUUUCUAUCAAAAAUAAUUUAUUAAAAAUUAGCGUAUACAAAUUAAUAA